AAAAAAAUUGAUGAAGCCCUGACCCUUAAGAUUCCAUUUAUAGUCCGAGCCUGAAUGCCAUCCCCCUUGACUAGCAAACUGUCCAAUCCAGCCGCAUGUGUCAAGAUUCUAUUAGGCACUAAGUGAAAUAUAUAUGCAUGCCCUUAUACCAUUUAACACUCUGGGUCCACCUUCAAAACACUGGGCUGUGGAUCAACUGAAGCACCACUCCUCUUCCAAGAAUCAUUUUGACACGUUCUUUUGCAGGUGCUUUCUUUCUUUCUUUCUUUUUUUUUAACUCAUUGUUUUUAACAAAAUGGCACCAAAGAAGGAUGUGAAGAAACCUGCUGCUGCUGCUGCCGCCCCAGCCCCAGCCCCGGCACCUGCACCUGCCCCAGCCAAACCCAAAGAAGAAAAAAUUGACCUCUCUGCCAUUAAGAUCGAGUUCUCUAAGGAACAGCAGGAUGAAUUCAAGGAGGCGUUCCUCCUGUUUGACAGAACAGGUGAAUGUAAGAUCACCUUAAGCCAGGUCGGUGAUGUCCUUCGAGCUCUGGGCACAAAUCCCACCAAUGCGGAAGUCAAGAAGGUGCUGGGAAAUCCCAGCAAUGAAGAGAUGAAUGCCAAGAAAAUUGAGUUUGAACAAUUUCUGCCCAUGAUGCAAGCUAUUUCCAACAACAAGGACCAGGGCACUUAUGAAGACUUUGUUGAGGGUCUGCGUGUCUUUGACAAGGAGGGCAAUGGCACAGUCAUGGGUGCUGAACUCCGCCAUGUUUUAGCCACACUGGGUGAAAAAAUGAAAGAGGAGGAAGUGGAAGCCCUGAUGGCGGGUCAGGAAGACUCCAAUGGCUGCAUCAACUAUGAAGCUUUUGUCAAACAUAUCAUGUCCAAUUAAAUGGAGCUCUCAAGAUCAAGGAUUGUUUACAAAGACUGGCUGGAAACUUCUUGCAAUAACACCCAUGACUUACUGUCCAGACCUGCUUACCAUCAUUCAGACAACAAAACAACAUGGACUGUUCUAGACUGAAGGACUCCCUGAACUUUUAUGUACUUCAUGUUUCUCUCUAAAUUGUAUUCAUACCACACAAAUCAAGUGUCUCCUGCUCUAGAAGAGAAGGAUAAAAUACUGACAACCUCAAAUUCAAGUACCACUCUUCAUUUUCCACCAGGGGUCAAUGAACAUCCUUAAAAUACUAAAUCAAUAAAUAAUUUUGGUCAGUCUGGAAUGUUCC